UGCGUCUCUGCGCUCCUCUCUUUCCCCUCAACACCAGACCACAGACAUGGCUCCAUAAGGGUGCACAUGGCGGCUAGCAGCCAUGAACCAAAAAACAACUCACCAAAAACUACAGAUGCAUCUCCGAUUUGAUUGAUUUUCGAUUGAUCAACUUCCACCUCCGCCGCAAUAUUCUUCAGUCCGGUUUUCAGCAUUCGGGAGAGGCUGCUUGCUUGCAACUCUCUCUCUCUCGCUCCAUUUCCUCCAGACAAUUUUACGUUCUUAUUCAACCCGAAAUAACCGUAGAUAUCAUAUUGUACAACAACAGUCAUGGGUGUCCAGGGUUUCCAGGAAUACAUUGAGAAGCAUUGCCCCAACGCCGUGGUGCCGGUGGAGCUCCAGAAGCUCGCCCAGGGGAGUCUGGUCGGCGGCGGCCGGCAGAGACCCCCUCAAAUUCCGCUCCGGCUGCUAGUGGACGCCGAGAACUGCCUGCACCGGCUCUACGGCGGCUUCUACACCGACUGGGUGAGCGGAGGCCAGUGGAACCACAUGCUCGGGUACCUCGCCGCCCUCGCCAAAGCCUGUUUCAACGGCAACAUCGAGCUGCUAGUGUGCUUCAAUGGCGCCCUGGAGAAAGGCCGUCUCCACGAGUGGGUCAAGCGACAGGUGAACGAGAGGCAGACCGCCCAGCAGAUCGUCAGCCACGUCCAGAACAAGGGAACCCCGCCGCCCAAGGUCUGGUUCCUGCCCCCGGUGUGUAUGGCCCACUGCAUCCGCCUGGCGCUCCUCAGGUUCCACAUCGGGGUUGUCCAGACCAUUGAGGAUCAUCACCACGAAGUGAUUGCCUUAUUUAGGGAAAAUGGGUUCCACGGCCUGGUUGCCUAUGAUUCUGAUUAUGCCCUGUGCAACAUCCCGUACUACUUCAGUGCCCAUGCUCUCAAACUCAGCCGCAAUGGCAAAAGCCUCACCACCAGCCAAUACCUGAUGCACGAAGUUGCCAAGCAACUUAAUCUCAAUCCAAAUCGUUUUGUCAUUUUUGCUUCAAUUUUAGGGAAUCACAUACUGCCUGAUGAAGACUUGGCUGCCUUUCACUGGAGUUUACUUGGCCCUGAGCAUCCUUUAGCAUCCUUGAAGUCUCGAACUGAUGACAAAGUUGUCCGUUUCAAAAAAGCAGUGGAGUAUUUUGCCACCGCCAGCAAGCCCCUUCACUUCCCCCCCUAUUUAGUCAGACCAAAUCAGAUGGGAUUGCCAGCAGCACCGCAGAUGCUUAACAUUCCAGGCAAACCUGGGGUCCAGCAUGGCUAUUCCGGCCCUCCGUUGGCCGAGCCUGUCCAUGAGGCGGACCCGUCAGGUAAAGGGCUCCUAGAACAGAACAGCUACAGCAACAUUCCUAAUGAUGGGAAGCAGCACACGCCACUCUACGAGAGGUUGUCCCCCAUCAACCCGGUUCACGGCGGCAACUCCAACCACACAGACCCAGCCUUCUUCACCACCUCGUCCACAUCCUCGUCCUCUGAGAAUGAGGAAAACACGGGCUCCACUGCCAACCAUGUAAGUGACCAUAAGGGAUGGGACAAACAGAGAAACCAGAUGGAUAACAUCCCAGAAGGAGACCAUGGAGACCAAAAUAAAUCUGAUCCUUCUGUGACCUCCCCUGUAAACCAAGGCCUGGAGGGCAGAGGUCACGUAGGGGUCAAUGCCCAUAUUCCAUCCCUCCUUUCUAUGCCAACAAGAAAUCACAUGGAUAUUACCACUCCUCCUUUACCAGUGGUGGCACCAGAGGUGUUACGAGUCGCUGAGCACAGACACAAAAAGGGCCUCAUGUACCCAUACAUUUACCAUGUUCUUACCAAGGGUGAGAUAAAGUUAUCUGUCACCAUAGAGGAUGAAGCAAAUAAAGACCUGCCCUCUGCAGUGCAGCUGUACCGGCCAAUCCGUCAAUAUGUUUACGGGGUGCUCUUCAGCCUGGCCGAGGCCAAAAAGAAGGCAGAGAGACUCGCCAUGAGGAGAAAUCACCUCCCUGAUUAUCCAACAGUGAUAAUAAAAGAAUGGGCUGCAUACAAAGGCAAAUCUCCACACACCCCUGAACUAGUUGAAGCUCUACCCUUCCGGGAGUGGACCUGCCCAAACCUGAAGAAACUCUGGCUGGGCAAGGCAGUGGAGGACAAGAACCGGAGGAUGAGGGCUUUCUUGGCCUGCAUGAGGUCGGACACUCCAGCUAUGCUGAACCCUGCCAAUGUCCCCACACCUCUCAUGGUGCUGUGUUGCGUGCUACGGUUUAUGUUACAAUGGCCAGGAGUAAGAAUUUUGCGUCGUAACGAACUUGACGCUUUCCUAGCUCAGGCACUUUCUCCUAAACUUUAUGAGCCUGACCAGCUGCAGGACCUGAAGAUUGAUAACCUGGAUCCACGCGGAGUUCAGCUGGCUGCUCUUUUUAUGAGCGGCGUGGAUAUGGCACUGUUUGCCAAUGACGUGUGCGGACAGCCUAUUCCCUGGGAACACUGCUGUCCGUGGAUGUAUUUUGAUGGCAAGCUGCUACAGAGUAAACUUAUCCGGGCCAGCAGGGACAAGGCCCCACUCAUUGACCUCUGCGAUGGUCAGACUGAACUAGUUGCCAAGGUGGAGAAGAUGCGUCAGAGCAUCCUGGAGGGUCUGAACUUCUCUCGGCCACCCCAGAUGCUCGCAUUCCCCCCUCCACCUCCACACGCAAUGCCUUUCUACCCUCCCAACAGCACCUUCUACCCUCCACCUCCUCUGCCCCCACUGCAGGGUAGAGGCAGGGGCAUGCCUGUAGGACUUCAAGCCAUCCCCUCACAGGGUGGUAAGCUUGAGAUUGCAGGCACAGUGGUGGGUCAAUGGGCUGGAAGUCGUCGUGGAAGAGGAAGAGCCUCGUUUCCCAUUCAGGUGGUGUCAGUUGGUGGACCAACCAGAGGUCGUCCAAGAGUUGUGAUUUCUACUCCUGUUAUAAGGACCUUUGGUCGAGGAACCAAAUACCACACUAGAGGGUUCAAGAGUCAGGGAACAUACCAGAGCAAUCCUGCAUAUACUGCCUCAACCAAUGAAGCGCUAAAAGACAGAAAGAAGCCGAAGUUGGAGACCAAAACACCACAUCUGCCCUUAGAAGGGUCCACAGCUGCAGAGAAUGGCUUGGUGGAGGGUAAAGAGGCAGACCAGCUCAAUGGGAACGAAGGGGAAAGCAGAGCUACAAACCAACCUGAAAGUGCCUUUAGCAACGAAUCUAAAAUGUGCAAUACUAAUCCUCAUUUAAAUGCACUAAAUGAAGAUGGCGAGGGCCGCAGAGAUGAAGCUCUGGGCGCAGCUGUCUUAAAAACAGAAGAGUAAACCUAUUUUUAUAGAGAGGGUGAAGGUUGAUGGAAGGUUAUGUGUUAAGGAAUAUCUGGAAGGAUGGAAGGCCUACAGUUGGUGUACAUUUUUUCCUCUCCGAAAGUGUUAAAUGAGGACUUUUGAAAUCCCUCUUCGAUGUCAGUGAGUUAAAACCACAAAGUAAUGAUGAGGAAACCUCUCGGUAAAACGUAGAUAUACGAGUCAUACAGAGAAUCUUACCAGUUUAAUGAUGAAAGACGGUGUUCUCCCUCAUCAAUGAUAUUACAUGUUUCAAAACUGGUUACAUGAAAUUAUUUUACUUUCUCGAUGAAAUGCAGAAACCGAAAUACCGAUUUUUCAUUUGCCAGUCUUUUAGUUUUAGUAAGUUGAGAUUCAAGUACCAUAUAUACAGUAUAUUUGCCAUUGUAACUGGGUUUGUAUCGUCACAGUAAAUGCUUCUUUAUUUUUUGAAAACGUAAAACUCACAGUUUGAAAAAGACAAAUCCAAGAACGCAUUUCUCAUCACUGUGAGUUUACUUGUUUCAAAUGUGCAAUUGUUUUGACAUUGAGUAACUAGUAUUACUACUGCAUCUUAAGUUCUGAUGAUUUCAAUGUCAUACAUUAGCAAUUAUAGGUAACAUGUCAAGAAAUGGUUAGAAAAAUCUGAGCUCUUGAAAAAAACAAAAAAACAAUGUCUCUUUCCAUGUCAGAAAAUGCCAUGCAUCAGAGAUCAACGAUCAGUGUGGCUUCUUUAAUCAAACGUAGCACAUUAGUAUAACUGUCUCAGCUAAACUGCAUGGCUCACGAUUAAAUGAAAAAAACAAAAAACAAAA